AAUAUACUUUUUAUCUGUUUAUUAUAAAUUCUUUGUUAAUUUAAGUCUUCAGAAGUAGUAUUUUAAUGUAUACACAGAAUACCAAAAAGGUUAGACCACAACUUCAGUAGAUUAUAACGCGACACCUGAAAUGAGUUGCCUCCCCUUCAUCACUUUUGUUCGGUGCACAGAGACGACGAUGGUGACGGUGUACGCUGCAGCACUCGCAGUAAGCACUGUCUGAAGAAUUAUUAAUACUUAAGACCUACCGUGCGUAAAGGUGUAGAUCACUGGAAAAGAUCAUGGAGCAGGUUUUUGCGGCCAAUCAAAACCCAGUCCUUUCAACUAAUCAACAAACUCCAAGCAUUCUUCCAACCAAUCAAAAUAGUGCAUUCAUAGCAGAUCAAGAUACAGUUGUUCUUCCUACCAGUCCAGACUUCGAAAUGGAAACAAUUUGUUCUGAUCUUGAAAAUCAAAUAGACCCAACUGUCCUUGAUGAUAUAGAUCUUUAUUUAGAAUGUGAUGACGAUGAUGUAAACUUCAAUGUGCCAGUUCCAAAAGACUAUAAAAAUGUAACAUUUAAGGUUAGUUUUUAUCCAGGAAGUCAAAAUAGUGAAGAAGUUGGACAAAGAAAGUUCAUGUGUCGUGUCUGUGAGGAAGAAUUCAAAAUGGAAACCAAAUUCAAAGUUCAUAUGGCUGAUCGCCAUGGUGACAAAAAGCCUUUCGUUUGUAGUAUUUGUUCUUACAAAGCAGCAUCAAUAAAACUCAGGAAACAGCAUUUUGUUAAAGUACACAAUAUAGAAAAUAGCUCUGACACAAGUUUUGAGUGUUUAAGCAGUGUCAAUAGGCCGAAAAUGAAAUUCAUCUGCAGUAAAUGUUCAUAUAUUACAACAAGGAAGGAUGAACUUGUGACUCACUUCAACAAAAAUCACAGCAAGGCAGAUAACUUGUUUUCUUGUGAUCAAUGUAGUUUUGUGUGUAAACAAAAGAAGACAUUUUCAUUGCAUAUAAAGAAACACGAAAGAACUUCAUCAGAGUUGGUUUGUGAAAUAUGUGGGAAAGAUUUUAUAACAAACACUCAAUUUAACCGGCAUUAUAAGAUACAUAAAGAGGAGCGUCCAUUUAAAUGUAGCAUUCCUGGAUGUGAAACAACUUUCAAAAUUCAAGGUGCACUGACUGAUCAUGUGAAGUCUGUUCACAGAAGAUGUGAGAAACAGAAUCUCAAACCAGUGGGUCAUAUAAGUGAUCAGUCGAAAAGUGAAUUGAGCGAUAAGCAGACCCAAUAAAAUGUAUUUAACUAGUUAUUUAUGAAAUAACCAUUGUAUGUGUGAAUACAUAAAUGUUUAAAUAAUGAUUUCUGAGUUGAUUAUUUUGCCAACAUUUUCGAAUCCAGUUAUAUUUUUAACCAUGAGAUACAAAGAUAUGCUGAUUAUAUCUAUUCUACUAAGAAAAAUGUAAUGAAAGUCUUUUUCAAGUCUACCUCAGUGACCAUGGCCCUAUGAUAAUCAAUGUGGCCUAUUUUGUACAUUUAACCUGGUAUCUAUUGGAGAAUUUUUUCAUUUUUGGUCACAAUUAAAACGAUUAACACUGACACCGUGAUUUAUACAAGAUGUUUAUUUCAAUCAAUCAAACCCCCACCCCACCCUCCCUCAUCUAUCCACAUAGCUCAACACAUGAAAUUUGCAUUUGACAGAUUUACAAACACUAUUUCAAGUCAACUUCUGACAUUGCUGUAAUCAUGACAGGUUUUAAGAAGAUCUAUAAGGGGUAAAAUAGAGCAGCUAGCAAAUCUUUAACUACAUACAAAACAUGUAACAUCAUUCAACAAAGGAAACCUGUUCCAGUAUGGCCCACUUGCCAUUGUUUUCAUUUGUGGGGGAUGUUUUUGGAAGAAUGUUGGUCUGUUGAAAAAUAUCACAUGCAGGCGCAUUGUCUGUUGUCCAUUCUAACAUGAUUCGUUUGCAACGCACGACCAUGUUCUAAUCUGCGUUAGAAUCAUGAUCAAUCGUGUUAAGCUCCUCCCAUAGCA